AUGCGGCCCGCUAAGCCCAGCGCCCGGCUGCCCGCACUGCUGCUGCUGGCGCUGGCUUUGUCCCCACCCGGGACCCAGGGACGGCCCCGGGGACGCAGAGCCAUGCGUCUAGUGGAGCUCAAGCCACAGCUUUUCCUCCCGGUGACUGGGACUCACCAGGCUACCAGAGCCUCCCGGAGCGCAGAAAUAUUCCCAAGAGACUUGACCUUGAAAGACAAAUUCAUAAAGCAUUUCACAGGGCCUGUUACAUUUUCAGCUGAAUGUAGCAAACACUUCCAUCGACUUUAUCACAAUACCAGGGAUUGCUCAAUGCCAGCUUAUUAUAAAAGAUGUGCUAGAUUGCUGAUGAGAUUAGCUGUGAGUCCACUGUGCUCCCAGACCUAG